UCAAAAGAAGAAAAAAAACAGAUCGACUGCUCUUUUAUUUUUUUAUCGGUGCUCUUCUCGUCACUCACCGCAGAAACAACAGAGAUUCACCAAAACACACACACAUACACGUACAUUCUAAAAUUAAUCGAGAUGAAAGCGAGAGUGAUUGUGUUUCCGAUACGAGGGAGGAACUGGUGCUUCAGCCGAUCCGUCGAAACGACGUCGUCGGCGAUACCAGCAUCAACGCGGCAACAACCGCAGUCGCAUAUUCCUUCCACAUUGAAAGAGCUGUGGAACAGAAUAUACUCGGCUCCUGGGAAGAAGUUCACGCCCUCCAAUGCUGAGCUUGUUAUUGAUUUCGCCUCUAAUAAGAUGAAUAAUGCUUGGAUUGCCCUUGAAACUGCGCCUGCAGGUAGUCUUAAAAACAAGAUUCACGGUGUGGGGCUUAAACUUUUGUCCCGUGUUAAGCCCUCUGAGAUCCUCUUGAAAUCUAUAACAAAAGACGUUACAAAGGUUGAAAUUAUGUACCCUUUAAGUUUGAAUGCAAGACUUGUGCGACGAAGGUUACGUCAUAUUGCCUUAAGGGGGACCAUUAUUCACAAGAAGUACUUCUAUGGAUCGUUGUCCUUGCUUCCGCUUACUACAGUUUUCACGGUUUUGCCUCUGCCUAACAUACCCUUUUUUUGGAUUUUGUUCCGCACUUAUUCUCAUUGGAGGGCUCUACAGGGAAGCACAAAACUUCUUCAACUAGUCUCGGACUCUGGAAACCACAUGUCGUCAUCUGCAACUACUAGCACGGAAGAGUUAACCACUAACAAAAAAGAUCAUGGCUCACUCCAUCCUCAAUGGGUAUUGCUGCCGUCAAAAGAGCUGGAGGAACAAAUUUCUCGUGAAAACGUCAAUGAAGGUCUAAGCAAGUGUAGUGUAUCAAAAAUCUGCAAAUCUUAUAAUUUAAACAUCAUAGAUGUUAUGAAGUAUGAGAAAUCAUUGUAUUAGGAACAGCUGAGAGUAUGUUUGUUCCCGUAGAAGAACUGGAGGAAUUGCAAGUUUUUGAUAGUUCAUUGAAUUUCAACAAUUAGAUUCCAUCUUCCUGAAAUGUGAAAGAUUUUAAUUGGUGUACUCAGAUGCUACAUGAAAUAGUCAUGAUACUUGUUUUGUUUUGAAUUUUGUCCCCCACAUGCAGUCAUGGAGGCAGUAUAAAUAAUGGAAGAACAGUCUGUUCCAAUA